AAAUUGUACUAUGGAGCGUUGGGAGGUGGCUGGCGAAACUUGUUGCGGAAUUUUCGCUGCCCGGACAAUUGGGGUGGGUGAAGAGAUUACCAUCAAGUAUGGUAAUGAAUUUGUGCGAAGCAAGAAGCAAAAAGCGUGCUUAUGCGCCUCACCUAAUUGCACAGGUUUCAUGUGAAUGUGAAUAUAUCUUGAAGAUGUCUCUCUACCAAAAAAACGGCAAGUCGCAACAGAGAUGAAUCGGUGUACUAUUAAAAGAAGUAAAUAAAUAAUAUCCAUUUGCUCG